UGUACUGCGGGAGUCAUUAUUUUCAAAACGUAAAAUUUAAAAGCUUUGCAUCAUAUUUUAAAAAAUAACACUAUUUUUUAGCAACAGUUUGAGUGACGAAGUUUACAAGUUUAGUAAAGCGCGAAUUAGCAAUGGAACACGACUUGCAAGACGAUUAUAUUGAAGAGGAAAUGCUGCUGUUUGUCGAUUUUGAAAAGUUUACGUCUCGAGACGAACUUAUAGACCAGAACGUAAAGAUAAAAGUCGUUGGAAUAGAAACAGAAACCCCAAUUAUUCAAGUUAAUAACGAUCUCUACCAAGGUUCGUACGAUUUUGCGCUGGGUACCAAUGUGUUUCUAGAGGAAGACGCCGAAGCCAAAGCUAAAGCCGAUCCUUUGUACAGCCCCGAUCCUCCUAGAAUAUUCAAGUAUUACGGACAAGGUAACAAAGUGCUGAAAAUGCAACGAAUAUUUGUUACACCUAAAACGGAAGUUAUCAAUGUGAAACCUGAACCGGGCACCAGUCAAGAAGCGGAACAGUUGAGGGAGAGAGAGCGUUAUCUGGUUACACGGACGUACGAAGAGGCGCUAAAUCUACACCUUCCUGAGGGACAAUACCCGCCGAGGCACAUCGAUCCGGAGAAUAACGGCGAGAAAAUUGUCCACCCGAAGACGACCUUGACGAUGGCUAGUCGGAGUGACGAUUAUGGCGAUGAUGCCACCGAUCCUGAUUAUGUUCCAUAAGAGUAAAAAAAUAUUUCAAACUUAGGUUAGACGUAAUUUAGAUAUUUACACGUAU